GGGGGCGCUGGGUUCCCUUACAUUUCAAUAAGCGGAGGAGUGAGAGGUGCAUGAAAUGGAGAAAAAUGGCGGAUCAUGUGCAGGGCCUUGCCCAGCUGGAGAUCCUGUGUAAGCAGCUGUAUGAGACCACCGACACCGCCGUGCGACACCAGGCAGAGAAAGCUCUGGUGGAGUUCACCAACAGCCCCGACUGUCUCAGUAAAUGUCAGCUGCUGCUGGAGAGAGGCAGCUCCUCGUACUCCCAGCUGCUCGCCGCCACUUGUUUAUCUAAACUGGUUUCUCGGACCAGCAACCCUCUACCCCUAGAGCAACGCAUUGAUAUUCGGAACUAUGUGCUGAACUACCUGGCUACGCGGCCGAAGCUGGCAGCGUUUGUGACCCAGGCUCUGAUCCAGCUGUACGCCCGCAUCACCAAACUGGGUUGGUUCGACUGUCAGAAAGACGACUAUGUCUUUAGGAACGUCAUCGCCGACGUGACGCGGUUUCUCCAGGACAGCGUGGAGCAUUGCAUUAUAGGCGUCACCAUUCUGUCCCAGCUGACAAACGAGAUAAAUCAGGCCGACACGACGCAUCCACUGACCAAACAUAGGAAGAUCGCUUCAUCCUUUAGAGAUUCGUCGCUCUUCGACAUCUUCACGCUUUCCUGCAACCUCCUCAAACAGGCUUCAGGAAAGAACCUGAACCUGAAUGAUGAGUCGCAGCACGGCCUGCUGAUGCAGCUCCUCAAGCUCAGCUACAAUUGCCUCAACUUUGACUUCAUAGGAACUUCCACAGACGAGUCAUCAGAUGACCUUUGCACUGUACAGAUUCCAACGUCCUGGAGAUCAGCGUUCCUUGAUUCCUCCACCCUGCAGCUGUUUUUCAACUUGUAUCAUUCCCUCCCUCCAUCUCUGUCCCCGCUGGUGCUGUCCUGUUUGGUUCAGAUUGCCUCCGUCCGGAGGUCUCUCUUCAACAACGCAGAGCGGGCCAAGUUCCUCUCGCACCUAGUGGACGGCGUGAAGAGGAUACUGGCCAACCCUCAGUGUUUGCCAGAUCCCAACAACUACCACGAGUUCUGCCGCCUGCUGGCGAGGCUGAAGAGCAACUACCAGCUGGGCGAGCUGGUCAAAGUGGAGAAUUACCCGGAGGUGAUCCGUCUCAUCGCCAACUUCACCGUCACCAGCCUGCAGCACUGGGAGUUUGCCCCCAACAGCGUCCACUACCUGCUGAGUCUGUGGCAGCGCCUGGCAGCGUCUGUCCCCUACGUCAAAGCCACCGAGCCGCACCUACUGGAGACCUACACCCCAGAGGUGACCAAGGCCUACAUCACGUCCCGGCUCGAGUCGGUCCACGUCAUCCUCAGAGACGGCUUAGAGGACCCGCUGGACGAUGCCGGACUGGUCCAGCAGCAGUUGGACCAGUUAUCCACCAUCGGCAGGUGUGAGUAUGAGAAGACGUGCGCUCUGCUGGUGCAGCUCUUUGACCAGGCGGCGCAGACGUACCAGGAGCUCCUUCAGUCCACCAACUCCAGCGCAGCCGACGUCACGGUCCAGGAGGGUCGCCUGACGUGGCUGGUUUACAUCAUCGGGGCGGUGAUCGGAGGACGGGUGUCGUUUGCAAGUACAGACGAGCAGGACGCCAUGGAUGGGGAGCUGGUCUGCAGGGUUCUGCAGUUGAUGAACCUGACAGACUCGCGGCUCGCUCAGGCGGGCAACGAGAGACUGGAGCUGGCCAUGCUCAGCUUCUUCGAGCAGUUCCGCAAGAUCUACAUCGGCGACCAGGUGCAGAAAUCCUCAAAGCUUUAUCGAAGAUUAUCAGAAGUUCUGGGGUUAAACGACGAGACGAUGGUCCUCAGUGUCUUUAUAGGCAAGAUAAUCACCAACUUGAAGUACUGGGGUCAGUGUGAACCAAUCACCUCCAAAACACUCCAGCUGCUCAAUGACCUCUCCUUAGGAUACAGCAGUGUGAGGAAGCUGGUGAAGCUGAGCGCGGUUCAGUUCAUGCUGAACAACCACACGAGCGAGCAUUUCUCUUUCCUGGGGGUGAACAACCAGUCCAACCUGAGCGAUAUGAGGUGUCGGACCACCUUCUACACAGCGCUGGGCCGCCUGCUCAUGGUUGACCUUGGAGAAGAUGAGGACCAAUUUGAACAGUUCAUGCUGCCUCUGACAGCGGCGUUUGAAGCUGUGGCUCAGAUGCUGAGUACCAACACAUUCAACGAGCAGGAAGCCAAGAGGACUUUGGUUGGCUUGGUCCGAGACCUCAGAGGCAUCGCGUUCGCCUUCAAUGCAAAGACAAGUUUCAUGAUGCUGUUCGACUGGAUAUAUCCGGCAUACAUGCCCAUCCUGCAGCGGGCCAUCGAGCUGUGGUACCAUGACCCGGCCUGUACCACACCGGUCCUCAAACUCAUGGCAGAGCUGGUUCACAACAGAUCUCAGAGGCUCCAGUUUGAUGUGUCGUCUCCCAAUGGAAUCCUGUUGUUCAGAGAAACCAGCAAGAUGAUCACCACAUACGGGAACCGGAUCCUGACUCUGGGAGAGGUCCCCAAGGACCAGGUGUACGGCGUGAAGCUGAAGGGCGUCAGCGUGUGCUUCGCCAUGCUGAAGGCGGUGCUCAGCGGAAACUAUGUCAACUUCGGGGUCUUUCGUCUCUAUGGCGACGACGCUCUGGACAACGCCUUGCAGACAUUCAUCAAACUGCUGCUCUCAAUCCCUCACAGUGACUUACUGGACUACCCAAAGCUCAGCCAGUCCUUUUACUCUCUGCUGGAGGUGCUGACUCAGGAUCACAUGAACUUCAUCUCCAGUUUAGAGCCUCACGUGGUCAUGUACAUUCUGUCAUCGAUAUCGGAAGGCCUGACGGCGCUCGAUACGAUGGUGUGCACUGGCUGCUGCUCCAGUUUGGACCACAUAGUCACCUACCUGUUCAAGCAGCUGUCCCGCUCCACCAAGAAGAGGCCCACUCCCAUGGCAACAGAUGACCGCUUCCUGCACAUCAUGCAGCAGCACCCGGAGAUGAUUCAGCAGAUGCUCUCCACUGUACUCAACAUUAUCAUCUUUGAGGACUGCAGGAAUCAGUGGUCCAUGUCCCGGCCGCUGCUCGGCCUCAUUCUGCUAAACGAGAAGUAUUUUGCUGACCUGAGAAACAGCAUCGUGAGCAGCCAGCCUCCUGAGAAGCAGCAGGCCAUGCACUUAUGUUUCGAGAACCUGAUGGAGGGGAUAGAGAGAAACCUUCUAACCAAGAAUCGAGACAGGUUCACGCAGAAUCUCUCUGUGUUCCGGAGGGAAGUCAACGACAGCAUGAAGAACUCAACGUACGGCGUAAACAGCAACGACAUGAUGAGCUGACAUUCCACACGGCAGUCUCCCCCAGCCGCAGAGCGGGCUUCCCCCCCUCCCCCUCACCCACCCUGCAUCCCCCCGCCCCCUCCUUCCCCGGGCCGGGACGCCCACGGGAUCAUCUCCUCACCAAGACACCACAUUGGCUAAACUUUCCCGCCUUCUUUUUGAUAUAAGCAUAUAUAAAUAUAUACAGAUCUAUUUUAAAGCCAGUCCACGUCGGUCUGACUCAUCUGGCUGUCGGAAGGGGGGGGUGCAUGUCUGGGCACUCUGAACCACAGAGAGGAAGGCCAGAGUGCUGCGGCUGGAACGGAGGAACGGGACACAGGGAAGGAGUACCGGUAACCGUAGUAAUCCGCUUCUGCCUGCCUUGUAUAGAAACACCCAGAACCAAGUGUACAUUUUCUUUUGGUAACAUUUUGAACAAUGUUUAUAAUGAAUGAAUUUCAACCAGAGGAUGGAUUGAGACAAAAAAAACCCACGUGUGAUUGAGCUUUUUACAGUGUAGUGAGUUAGUGCAAACUGUCCGUCUGCGUGGGAGAAGGGAAGGGAAGGGGGGGUGAGGUGGAAGGGUGAGGGAGCAGAGGUCCACACACUAACAUAAGGGAGUCAGAGCGCCAUGCUGUACAUUUUUCUUAGUCUCUGCUUGAAGUGAUGUAAAUAGUCUUGCAGCAGCAGGAGGCGCCCCCUAAAGGUCCAUUCUGCUGUUUCCAGUCCAGCUUCUCCAUCCGGGCCGUUCAGCAGCAGACGGCUCCACCGGCUCUUUUAUUUAUUUAGUUUUUUUGGAACGUGACACUAAGUGAACCUAGAAUCAAGCACCUGAUGAACAUUCCCACCGCCGUUUCCACUAGACCUACUAAUUGUGAGAAAACACCAGUCAAAGGUAGUGGUUAUAAUGUUCUGCUUGCUGUACGGUCACCUUUAGGCUGCCCUGAAGCCCACGCAGCCUUAGCUAAACAUCUGGAUGUCACUGAUCUGCUGCAACAUUUAGGGCUCCUCCUUUCACUCUGCUUCUGCUUCUCAUCAACCCUGAAGAGGCUGAGGUCCGGUCAUCUGGAAGUAGGAUUAGGAACUGAUACCAACAACUUUGUUCUAAAACAAAUUAUGUAGGACAUCGAAUUAAUCUAGAUCUAAUUAAUUAUGUAGUAGAUCCCUGAGAGAGCUUUAUAAUAAACUGCAAAGCAGACAAAUCUGUCUUUUUAGUGGAUUUCAUCAGAACAUUGUGGGACAUCAGCUUAAGGAGCUGCAGAAGCAUUUCUCAUCUUCUCUGCAUCAUUCCUCAUGUCUGCCUCACCGUGCAGCUUGAGUCUUUCUUUCUUUCACUCUCUGAAUCAUGCAUCUGGUUUGGAACAUUUCUGUAGCAGACGAAGCCUGAAUGUUUGCGGCUAAUCAGAAACAUCCCUGAGCUAAAAAAGAAACAGCAGAAUUUUCCUUUAAAGUCUGGCGCCUCCAGUAGGCGGCACUUCUUACUGACAUGUUAGCGGCCCGGUUGCAGCUCUGUUUCCCCUCUGGCAGGCUCAGUGCACUACCCACCAUUUGUUUACACUCUGGAUUCCUCGGACCCCCAUCUAGGUCCUGCAGUGAAGUCCUUUUGGUGUGUUCAUGUUGUGUGUGAGUGGAUUGGAGUGGCUCUUUUUUGCCUGGUGUGUGUGUGUGGGUGUGUUGUUACUUGGUGAACCUGCGGUAGAGCUCAAAUGGCCACGGUGUGUGUGUGUGAGUGUGUAUAUAUGUGUGUGGCGGUGUUGCAGAAAGACUCGGAAGGGGAAGCCAGCAUGGAGACGUCGCUCACCCGGAAGGAGAACCAGUUCAGCCUGAAGAACCCGACUAGAAGACCAAACAGUGGGAAGGAGUCUCUAGCAACACGUUACUCUGUAAGAUGUUGCUGCUAACUGUGACAACUAGCUCAUCUCUAAUCAUGUCAGCACUCACGGGUGUUCCUAAGUUUGGUUUGUUUCCCUGAUGCGAAUGUGUUGGGUCCAUAGAGUGAAUAGCUGUUUGAGUCGUUUGGAUGUCUGCUACAUAUAGUGUAAGCAUUGUGACUGCAAAUAAACCUCAUUGAUUUUUACAUCA